CAAAAAUGGCUGAGAGCAAGGGACCAGGUAUGGGAAUGUGCGUGAAAGGAAACGAAGGAUUAAUCGAAUGAUCUAAAAUUGUGCCGUAAUUCAGCCACGCUAUUGUCGCAUUUGUUUGCCUCGAUCAAGAGUUUGGUUAAGCAAGCUUUGAAACAAUGUCGUUUUUUGUGUUGAAACAAAAUCAUCUUCAUUUCACUCCAGAAUUUUCAUUUAUUUAGCGAAAAUAAUUGAAAAUCAAUCGGUAAACGCGAUAGAGUAAACUUUUUCUUCGCAGAUUCCCCUCAAAAACACUCAGAUAAAUAUAUUCAUAACCCUUUGUAAGACGAUCCGCUUAAAUGCAAAUUUUAUCAAAUUCAAGCCUCGACUUUCAUGUCAAAUAGUUUACUCGUAUGUUCCUUACUCUUCAUCGAACAGGAUUUUUACAGACAAUGUUUAGAAGCAAGCUCUGAAUUUACGUUUUGUGUAGGACCCCAUUUGAGUUUCUCUGUUGUACCCUCAAUUAAAUAUCGAACAUGUUUACUGCCGUAUUGAUUCGUAAGCAGUCUAAGUAAUAAGGUGUGGAAAAUUUAUUUUGUUCAAGUGAAGUCUCUACUCUUUCGGAAUCCACUAGUCAAGUUCUGUUGACGACCUCGACCUAUUUGACCUUGAAACUGAAAUUAAUCGCUAUAUUUGCCAUGACUGAAUGAAGCGUUUUGAGAACUUGGAUGAACGUAUGUAAGAAAGGAUGGGUAAUCGAAAGUUUCAAGCUCGUUCUGUAGCGUGAAAUGGCAGGAGACUUGAUCCUGGAUUGCUGAUUAAUAUACUUAAUGCGUUUUGAUAUCGUAAGAUUCCUAGUUGGAGAUAUUCAUUUCCGUGAAUGUCAGUGUAUGAUACCCUAUUCGACAACUUAAUUUACCGAAGUAAAACUGUAUUGAGUUAAAGGUGUCACGUAAAUGGCGUGACCUCAUGAGUGACAGACGUGGUUCAUAUGUAGUUAGAGGUUUGCCUAGAGACAAGUCGCAGUCGCUCAAAUUUCUCCCUUAUUUUACCUUAUAUUCGGUGAAGUGUAAUACUUACAAGCGGCUUAUCAAAGAAUUCUGGCUAAAAUAUUUCCUGUUUGAGUUUUGUGACACCAGUGUUGUUUGUCCAUCAAAACAACUUUAAAAGUGUUUACCACUAAAUUUUAAUUCUUAAUUCUUAAUUUUAAAGCGGUUUUUCUUUUCCGAAAAAAAAUUAAUAAAAUUAGAAUUCUCUGUAGCCGGUCAAAAUAAUUGAAAAAUGAUCUCUGCGUUGGCGCCCAUUCCAACAUUGACUUACAACUUUGGAAAAUUAAUUUGUUUAUAUAUUUUAGUUAGCUUCAGGUUGCUGAAGUAAGUUAACAUUUUGCAAUUUUUCUCUAUAGUGACUGGUAUUUUAUUUCUUUCUACUCCUUUUUAUAGAAAAGCUUUACAAAGAGCCAGCAGUCCGUGUACCAACCCUCUCGCGUCUUUCUACGAUUGCAAAAAGCCUGGGCCUCGAAAUGGAAGAGAGUGAGCUAAUGGCUUAUCGAGGUGGGAAUCUUAGUAAUGAGUUAUUACUGGGUCCAAACUGGGUCCGUAAUAAUCAAUUAUUAUUUGAAGUCAAGCUGGUCGGAGAAAGAGCAGCAUAAACCACUGAUGAUAUCGAUGAGAGAGAAAGUACUUUGAAAUUAAUUAAGCUUCUUUUCGUGCAUGUAAAUUCCUUCCCAUGUUUAUAUGUUUUCACGGAUAGAUAAAUAUAUUUUUUACCCAAACUUUCGUGUUUUUACGCUAUUCGAUUGCAUAUUUUUAAGAAAACUGACUCCGAUCAAUCAUACUAAUGAUAUAUAAAGAACAUCAUUUAACAAGGAUGCAUAUAACAGCGUGAACUGGUAACUAAUGGCCCUCAAGAAUCAUCGCAAUUUACUUUUUUUGUUAUUGUUAUUAUUAUUGUUGUUUCUAUUAUUUGUUGUUGUGGUUUUUUUCCAGGGGCAAUUUCCGAUAUUCUGGCUGACACGUAUCAGCGGUUGUACGAGUUACCCGACCCCAAGCUACCAGUGAAAUAUCCACGGACCCCAGGUUACAGACCAUCACCAGAAGACAAUCCUUACAAUGCUUGGUAAGCGAAAUGUCGGAGGAAAAGAUAAAUUCGCCGCAAUCCCUUUGUAUGUGAUAUGGCCCUUUCUAUUAAAAAAGCUCUUAUAAUGCUAAUAUCAACCUUUUAUCUUUGCAAUAUUAACUGGUAGAGAAUAUUAAGCUGUAGGCAACGUAGACAUUUUACAAUAGUAUAUGGUUUCAAAGUAUCAUUCAAACUAUUUUAUUUCUGCAUUUGUCGUAUUGUGAGCGAUAUCAGGAGCCACUCUCAGGAAUAUCAAGAUUGCACCGAAGGAAUUUUGCUUUAGGGAAAUAAAAUCCUGAGGGGUCCAGAAAGGCCUCAUACGCCUGCUUGGUUAGCCAAUAAGAAGCGUACCGCUCGUACCGUACCCUCGAACGAGUCGAUCCGCACUCAGCCAGGACUAUUCGUACCCACAAAGGAAGAAACGUCUGUGGGUACGAAACGACUGGAUACUAAUUAGAACACGUUAUGCCAGCCUAUAUAACAAGUUAGAAGAUUUAUCUCAAAAAGUUUAUAAGUUGAUUUAAAGAAAGCGAUAUGCUAUGUCGGUGAUCAACUGAGACAAUCAGUUGGUUAUUAAUUACAGUCACGAAACCCUUGUAACGAAUUUGGAAAGCGAACGUUUAAAGCGUAGGUGCAUAGGUUUUCAAAAUUUGCCGCGGCGGUUGGUUAACAAUAUCUAUAGUUGACAAUCAGCUCGUGAAUUUCAAUCUUGGCUUUUCUUGAGGUAUUCAAUUGAAGGUAUGAUUCUCGCAGGUUAGAUGCAAAUAGGGAUAUCGCAGAAAAGAAACCUGACGUCUCGAUGGGAUUCGAAACUAUGCGUUCGAGACACCUUUUGAGCGCUACACUAACUUGACAACAAAGCUACUAGUUGGGAACGACAGAAUUAUAUUUGGAUCAGAUAAAUAUCAUACUGCUGAAGCUAUGCCUUGCUCUCAACAUGUGGCUUCGUAGCCCAGUACACUAAACGAACGCAGGUGAAAAGAUAUUACAUAUCAUUUGAGGUACUGGCGAUGUGACAUUAAAGGAGCAUCAAGUGGUAAACUUCACGGCAAAACUGUCGCUGUCAAGGACAACACAUGUGUGGCAGGGGUACCCAUGAUGAAUGGCUCCCUCACCCUGGAAGGAUUUGUCCCGGAUGUGGAUGCUACUGUAGUGACUCGGAUAUUGGAUGCCGGUGGACACAUAGUGGGGAAAAGUUGUGUUGAAAAUUUGUGUUGUAGCGGAGGCAGUUUUACUGCUGCCACUGGUCCGGUGGUUAAUCCUCACAAUAAGACGAGAAUGAGUGGAGGGUCGUCUUCAGGAUCUGCAGCUUUGGUUAGUAUGAACGAACAACAAUGUCCCAUCAACUCGUUACUCAAAAGAAAUUUAGAUACAGCUACGUCUAGGUGAAUAGAAUUGUAUUUUCAUUAUGUGCAUAACUGUCACCAUAUUGGUAUAAUCUCCUUCGUAAAUAAGGAAACAAAGAACCUUCUAUAAUUCUCUUUCCUUUCCUUUUGAUUCGACUCAGUUUCUUUUCAUUCCGAGCACUCAUAUUUUCCAGACUAAAAACUGUCAUUUAUCUAUUUUGAAUAAAUCUCAUCGUUUGUUAAUCCGUACGAACUGGACUCUCUCUUACAACCUUUCUUUCCCCUUGCUAUUAAGGUGGCUGGAGGGCAAGUUGAUAUGGCAACUGGUGGAGACCAAGGAGGGUCAAUAAGGAUCCCCGCUGCCUGUUGCGGUAUUGUGGGACUGAAACCAACAUACGGGUUAGUUCCAUAUACGGGCAUUAUGCCGAUAGAAUUCACUUUGGAUCAUACGGGACCUAUGGCCAGGACUGUGUAUGAUACAGCUCUGAUGUUGGAGGUAGGGUUACUAUGCACGAUUUAAUGUAUAUUUGACACGGAUAACUUUGAAUUUCCUGAUAUAUCUAUUUUUUGCGGAAAGAGGAAACUAGAAUCUGCGACUUCCUUAUGGAGGUUAUAGGUGUUAUGAUUAAAUAGAAUCCCAAUUUAUCGGAUUUUUUGUUUCUUGUCGGUCUAUCUGAUUUCUUGUAUAAUUGUAUGCCAGCGACUCUGGGCAAACAUGGUAAUCAUAGCAGAUGUAGUUAUUGAGCAAUAAAUCGAAAUAUUCUACAAAUUGCUUGAAAUUUAUGUUGGGAAAGGUUCUUUUAAUUGUCCGGCUGUAAUUGCUACCCGCCCAUAAUUUUGAGCCACCUGUCUUGGCUAUUAAAAUAUUGAUUCAAUCAUAAGUAAUGAUGAACUAGUCCAGUCCAGUCUUUCUUAUAGGUCAUGGCAGGGUAUGACGGGGGACUGGACCCUAGGCAGCCACGGGAUCUCAAAGUGCCAGAGUAUACUUCGUUGGUAGGUCUGCUCUAGAAUUGUACGAGCCAUAAAUCAUGCACGAAAAAAAAAAGCGGAGGGACAGCGAUGCGUUCUGUGUCUCUUCUCCAAUUAGAGUCCAGAAAUCAUUCGUGUUUCCUUGGUAAAUUAGUCAUUGGUAAGGCCCCGGUUGAGCGAAAGGUGGAUAGCGCUAGCCACUGGAUAGAUCUCUAUCAGUUGGACAGUGCAGAAUGUUUUGGCCAGCGAUUUAUUCGUUGGAUAGCGUUACCUGCCCUUUGAACAACUUGCCCCAGUUGUAGAAGGAAGCUUCGUGAUGGAGAACGGAAAAAAGAGGCUGAUGCGUGUGUGUAGGAGGGGGGGGGGGAAAUUGCGGAAUUGAAACUAGCUACAAACAAUGAGUGCUGAGAAGCUAAAAACACCGUGGUAAUGGGACAUGCUUCAGUCUGAUACCAAGAAAGGUUUCUUGAGCGAUACUUUGAUUUUACUGACUGCAUAUGAAUCGUGGUGGGCAACUCCACUUACGCUGUGCCAUACGUCAGGCGGAGACACUUGGGCUUGAGCGUUAGGGUUGGGAAAGGAAGAAGUUGAUUGAAAUAGAAAUGUGUCUACCGUCAUCACUUGUCUGUUUUAAUCUGAAAACCCAAAUAUUAUACCUUGGUAUUAAUUUUUUUUAAUGCAAAGUGAUUUGGUCAUGAUCAGCUCACAGGAAAAAUAGACAACUUGAAGAUUGGAAUCUUGAAAGAAGGCUUUGGAUUGAAGAAUUCCGAAGCGGAUGUGGAUAAGAUGGUUAGAGAGGCCGCUGAACAGCUCGGCACUGCAGGCGGUGCAGUUGUCGAAGAAGUGUCUGUCCCGAUGCAUUCUGACGGUAAAUCAGAAUUUUGUGAUUGUUUAUGGUCCUACAUGAGAUAGAUAAUCUAUAUUUAUACUUCUCUGUCAUAUAUCAAUUUUGUACCGUUAAAAUGGAUAAUUUUAUUUAAUAAAAGAUUACAAAUUAAAUAAAUGUCCAACAAGCUGUUGCUAUUGGCGAUGACCCGAGAAUUUCGGCAAGCUUAAAAACGUUCUAGUUCUUUUAAACAUUGUUGGUUACUAUGGUAAUCGCCUCAAGGUCACAUAAACUUCUUUUCUUUUUAUUUAUUUGCCUGUUUCUGUUUCUUUGCUUAUCUUAUCGUUUUCUUUGGCCAUACGUUUAUACAUUUUUAAAGGUACGCAAAUAUUUGGUCCCAUCCUGCAAAUCGGAGGCGAUCGAAUGAUGUUUGAAGGAGCCGGUGAGACAUUUUUUAAUUGUUAUACUGUUAUGUUCCAUACACGCAUUAUGAUUUGACUUUUGCGGGGGGUUCCAAGGGGUGUUCCUAGAGAAAGUUUCGGAUGAAAGAGUCAAUUCAAGCGCUUUCUUGGUGUGUAUUUGUCUAGCAGUUGGUGCUUUCACCGGUGAAAAUUUUGCUCAACAGUUAUCAAAGGAUCAGAAACAACAAUGAUUUUCCCUCGAAUUGAUCCAAUUAAUUUUACAGUUACCUUUUUAUUUGGCGACGUUAGACGGUAGAGGUCUAUGUUUUAUCCAUUAUCAUGUCAAGCCACGUGGAGCAAGUCACGAUCAUUUACGUCAUUUGAUAUGAUGUGAUGUAUGGUCAUGACGUGCAUGACGUGUCAAAUUUGUCAUGAUAUAUGUGAUGUCAUUUCAUGUCAUUUUGUUUCUAGAAUUGCCACAUCCUGUCAAGUCAUUUGUUAUCAUCCAGUUAUGUUGUACUUGAUGUCUUGCAGGUUUUGGAACUUCAGCAGAGAUGUAUUACGACACUACUCUACAGGAAGCCUUCUCUCGAGGCCUAAAAUGCCACUCAAAUGACCUGUCAAAAAGCUGCAAACUUGUUCGGCUGAUCGCCAAGUAUUUGCACGAGGAUUACAACAGUGUAUUCUAUGGAAAAGCGCAGAACCUGGGUCGAGAGCUCUGUAAGGCGUACGAUGCAGCACUUGAAAAAUACGAUGUAUUGAUUCUACCGACCAUCCCCAAGAAGGCACCAGUUUUCCCGCAGGAAAAUCCUCCCAUGGAAGGUCAGAUUUUAGCUAUUUCAUUAUGUCAAUGAUAAGUAGAACGGAAUCGUAGAAUGUAAGAAACUGAUGAAGUACAAGCCCUCAAAAAUAGGAUAGGGAUUACAUUUGUUCCAAAACAACAAGCCGUAAUUAAUAUCUGGGUGAGGUGUCUCUGAGAUGUCUAAAGGUCGGCACAUACGAGGGUAGUAGUGCUUGCAACUAGUCCCUGCGACUAGUCCUCUGAAGAGUUUACAUGAAGGGACUGGUCGCAGGGACUAGUCCCUAGUAGUGUUUACACGCGGGAACCAAUUGCACAGGAAAGUAGCAAAAACUAGGGGGGGAAACGGUAUCAUUCUAUCACUCUGCAGCUUUCUUAAGAAACCAAAAUUAUUGAAAUAGCAAUGUAGCAUUGAAUGAAACAAACAAACAAACAGGCAAAACUGACCCAUCUUUGUGUGAGAACCUGUUUUAAAGAAAAAAGAUUUAUUAGCUGGACAAUCUGUUAUAAGUCUCCAAUGAGUCAUUAACAAUCCGCUUCUAGUAGUGUGUAUUUUUUUAAAAGUUAUUCAUUUAUUUACUCAUUUUUUAUUUUUUAAUUGGAUCCAUCUGUUUUUUUACAUGGAAUUAUCACCGCAGCUUAUACGCAGUGUAUUUCUUCCCUUUUUGUGCGCGGAAUCUAAUUGUGGGAAAGACUUUGAGGAAAGGAGAAUAAGUACACUGAUAAAUUGAUUAAUGUUGUCUUAUUUCAGAACUCUAGACUCAGGUUUUUCAUUUCCUGGGAGAAGGAUAUUUUUUGACUUAUCAAUAACUGGGCCAUUAAUUCACUAGGAGAUUCCAUGAAAUACUAAUAACCCUUUGCAAUAUAUUUUGCAGAAUAUCUGGAGAGGGCAUUUGAAAGUAUUCCAAACACAUCACCAACAAAUAUCACAGGACACCCAGCCCUGUCAAUCAACGCCGGCUUCAGUGAUGGCUUACCAGUCGGUAUGAUGAUCGUGGGAAGAAAGUUCGACGAGGUCACUGUUCUAAAUGUCGCCUUUGCUUACGAGAAGAUUAGAGAUACCAAAAUAUAACAUUAUGAGAUGUCUAUUAAUGAGCCCAGGACUACAAGGAGUUGUUUCACUCUUAAAAAAUAACGUUUCGAGCGUUAGCCCUUCUUCCAUCGCUCUGACGCUCUAACUAUUGAUAACCGACAAGCGAAAAUCUUAAUAAGCGAUCAACUAGUAAUUUAUGGAGUGACGCAACAUCUAAAAAGUUAUUCACCUCUACUAACUUAACAAUUUCAUUUCUAAAUUAUGGUAAAACGACUAAAUUAAGCCAGAUAUUCAUGUGCUGAUUGAACGAAUUUGUUUCCGGUUUUUUCGUCUCAUUAGCAAAUAAAUGAGUCUAAAGAAUUUAAACAAAAGGUGAUGACAGUUACGGGAGCAAUUCUUUCAUUACCAGAGGUAGCUGAAAUGACACGUCUCGUUAGCCUAAAAAAGAACUUGUUGAAGUUGUUUAGUCUAAGGAUAUAUACUUUAAUAUCUCCGCCGCGCAAUUACAGGCCGUUGCACUAUGUGGAAUUAUUAACUGUGGGCUUCCCUUUUCUUGGUCUCAGUUUCC